CGCGGAGCGGGACCCGCUGGGGACAGGGUCGAAGCGCCAGCCGCCUCCCGCAGCGCUCUGCCCGCCGCGGCGCGGCCCGCCUCCUCAGCGCCGCGCUGCGCUGCGGUCCUCCCUGCCCUGCCCUGCCCUGCCCUGCCCGGCCCGGCUCGGCGCGGCGCGGCGGGGAGCGGAGCGGCCGGCCCGCCCCAGCCAGCCCAGCCAGCGCCCCCCCGCGCCUCCCCGGGGCGGGCUGCGGCGCGUGAGCGCGCUCCAGCACGCGGGUGCCGUUACGGCCGUUACCAGAGGCGCGCGGCGGGCGGGAGGAAGGGGGCGGGGCGGCGCUGCCCUCUGCGGUGGCGCCGCUCAGGUGAGGUGCGACGGCUGCGCGGCCCCGGCGCGGGUGUCGCGGUGGCCCCUGCGGGGCGUUUCGCCCCCUCGGGCAGGCGGCGGGGAGCGGCGCGCCGCCCUUCCUGCCCUCAGAGAGCUGGCUGCCAGGAUCCGAGAGGCUGCCGGCCAGGGAAUCCUGCGAGGUGCCUUGUUCCCCCCCUCGAUGUGACUAGCAUGGACAUCUGCCCUGUGUGUUGAAGCUGUAAGCAGAGAUGGAGAGGGCGAUGUUACCCUUCAAAGUGCACAUGGAACAGAUGAGGAGAAGUUGUGUCAGCAGCACGGAGACAUUAAUGAACAAAACAAAGAAAAUUUAUGUUCCAGAAGCUGCGGGCCCUCUCCUGCCAACCUAUCCACACGAGUUCAGUUAUGACGAAGACCAAGAUCAGGAUGCCAUAGGUGGAAAGAAGAUUAUUAAUCGGACAUUUCUUUCUCUUUCCCAAAUUACUGCUUUGUCGGAACAAAAUGUAGAAGGACUUCAAAAAAAGCUGGAAGAAUUUCUGAAUUUUAAACAAUUAAAGACCUCUUUGAAGGAAGCUAUUUUGCUAGAUUAUUAUACCGCGGGAUUUUGGUGGGCUAAAGAAAUGAACUUUAGUCUUAUACAGCUCUCAGGAUUCAUGGAUCUAUUAAAUUUCCUGUUGGAGAACCUUAGUGACAAACAUAUGACCUUAGGAGAUAAUUUAAAAGAACUUGGAAAAGCAAUGGCUGGAAUAGGAGAAACUGAUUCAGAAGGAAAUGGUGACUUGAAGUUCUUCAGCAUUGAGCAAGCCAAAGCAGUCAUUGAUUACCUGAAUAUCAGCUUAUUUAAACACUAUAAACUCUAUGAAUACCUCUUCCAUGGUCCUAGAGAAGAACUUGUGAUGAGUAAUGAGCAUGUGAUUGAACUUGCCCAACCUGCAGUUCCCCCCUUCCCUGCUCUGCUGGAAGAAGGGAUGCCUUUGGAUAUCUAUUCAUCAUUCAUAAUAUCACCAACAGCUGCAGAGACAGAAUCUAAGGCUUCUGAUCAGGAGGGUUACCUGGAAGAGUCCUGUCCAGUGGUAGAGUCCUUCGAGGCAGAUGCUGUGGCUGGUGUAACUGCUGAAGAGCAGAAGUCCGCAGUGGCUGAAAUCCCAAAUGAAAUUAUUGGCAACCUAGAGCAGGAGAUAAAUGAAAAGCUGCAAAAGCAAGAAGAAGCUUAUACUUUGAGAACAGAAAAAUUAAAAAGUCCUGAAUAAGAUACCGGAUAAGAAAGGUGAUGUUGAAUGUUACAGAAAUUGGACAGUAAGGGGAUGGUGUGCGCAGGGGACUGGCUCCCUGCCUGGACCUAAUUAUUUUUGUAUAAAGGAAAAUGGUUCUGUUAACAUUACCUAGAAAUAGUUCUCCCAGUUCCUCAAACUUACUGUGUUCUGCCAGUGGUGUUGUUUAGUUUAGACUUAAGUAGAAGAUUAUAAACACAAGGGUAUGUAAUUAAAACAUGUUGAGGUUCA